UCGAUGCUCUUGCGUCGCUACGGUGGUUGCUACAGAAAGCGGGCAGGUGCCCGAUUUAUCCCCCCGAUUUAUUUUGGAUAAUACUAUAGUGUCGUCAUACAAUUGAUUCUAGAUCUACCUGAAAGUUGAUUCCCAGAAGUGGGAGUUGUGAGCAGUGAACAGAAUCGAAACGGGGAUCCAGCUGUACUGUAAAGAACUAAUGCACCAUUUAAAUUCCUCUUUGUAAGAGUUUGAGAAUUCAGCUUCAACAUGACAGCAGGAUCUAUUGCAGUCCCUACGGUCAUACCAUUAAGACCACCUCUGCCAGGGAGACCAAAGACUGCCAUUGAUUCAAACACGAAGAUUGAACUCAGAACAGAGAGUGCUGGUGCUGUCAUUCAUUAUACAAUAAAUGGGUCCAAACCGGAUCCGUUUCAGCGCAUUGGUGAUCGAUGUACCAUGAAAUAUCAUGGGCCAUUCACCCUCCCUGCUGGAAAACAGACAGUGAAAGCCCUUGCCUUAGCAAAAGAUGGCCUUCGAGAGAGCAAUAUCGUGACCAAAAUAUUUGAGGUGGAAUAUGCUCCUCCCCCUUCAAUGCCUGUCGAGGAUGAUGACCUUGGUUUUCAGGAUGACCUUGACAGAUCAAGAGCAAGGCGAGAAGUGACCAGAGCAACGUCGAAAUUGCUCACGACCCCUGGUUCAGCAUGGACAGAUGUUGACGAAUUGAAAACCACCCAACAGCGUCUGGCAGAUAUGGAAGUCACAGGAAGAACAAAGCACAAGCCUUUUCCUGGGACCAGGUUUUUGGAAACAAGACGCAGUGACCACCUGCAAGCUUCUGGAUACAACACAACUGCAACAGAACAGCCUUACAUAUUUAAUGGCAUUGGUUCCCAAGACCUAAGCUGGGCCACAGAAAGACCUAUAGCUUCUCGCCAGGAUCCACCGUAUCAGAUCCAGUUUGACCAAUCCAAAUACCCACGAGCUGCUGAUUUUCUGAAUUUCACAACAACAUCAGCAGGACAGUACCCAGGAGCUAACCAGUGGAUGCCGGUAAAUGUGAGCCCAGCUGGUUUCAUCGUGCCUUCUCCGCAAGGGAUGCCUAGCGUGGGCGACGACUCACUCCGCUCUCGGAAGAUGACUCAAAGCGUGGCCACCCAGACCGUCGGGCUGUUCUACCCAUCGCAGCGGCAGAUCGACAAGUCGAAAGAGCAAGAGGAGGAGAAGAUGGCCUUUGAAAAACAGAUGAGGGACCGGCGACCGUUGCUGACCGCUGUUAGUCCAGGAAGAGGCUAUUGGAGGAAACAAAUAGAACACAUCUGCCAGCACCUCAAGGCACACACACAAAAUGACGCAGAAUUUAGGGCUCUGAUAGGAGAGCCAAAAAUGGGCAAGCUACUGACAACUGCAGUUGAAGAGGAUGGCUACGAAAUGAGCUUGACGUUGACUUUUGCCCUCCGAGGCAGCAAGGACCCGUUUCUGGGCAAACAGCUGGGAGUGACACGAUCAGAGGGUUACCUCAGCGCUCACACACAGCUGGACAAUCAGAUGUACUCAGAGGAUGAAGAGAGUGAGGAGGAAGUUGUCACAUCUCGAUCCAAUGGGGUUAAGAAAGUUCGAAAACCAAAACCAAAAAAGAAAGUCGCUCCCAAGUUGUCUCCUUUGAACGCAAAACUUUUUAAGGAGCUCGGCGCCUCAGGAGAUGUCUCCGUCAGUGAUAUUCAGCAACUUUUGGACGACGGAGCUGACCCCAACUGCCUUAACAAGAAUGAAAUGCCUCCGCUCCAUGUGGCUGUGAAAAAUCGUCACGUGGAUGCCGUGACUGUGCUCGUAGACGGAGGGGCUCAAGUCAAUGCAAAAGGACCGUCCGCUAUAAAGGGAAAUACUGCCUUGCAUGAAACAGUCAAUCUUGGUCCAACUGGAAUGAAAGUCAUUGAUGCAUUGCUUUCAGCCGGUGCAGAUCAGAGCAUCAAGAACGAUCGCGGAGAAACGCCCUAUGACCUGGCCGUUAAAGCUGGCUACGAAAACAUCAGCAAGCGAUUUGCCUCGGCUCUAGGGCAGUCGCAGUUGGAAAAAAUGACAAAAAUAAGAAGUUACUAACUAAUAAUUUUAAAGAGGAUGCGCAAUGUCUGGUAGAUUAGAUUCAGUUUCUAGAGCUGGGCAAUUUAUGACAGUGAGGUUUACUCUGAAACUGAAGUAGAAAACAUAUUUUUAUAUCAAUUGCUGCUUUACUUUAUGUGAUCUUGUCAAUUUCAAUUACUUUUCAUGUGCUCAUUUUCUCAGCGUUGUUGUGAGCUUGACUGUGAGUUGUACAGGAAUGAAGACGUAGUAUGUGAAGUGUGUCUACCCAUCUAACAUCAAAUUUUAGCAACACAGAUUGUCUCAGACGGGCAAAAAGGGAUAAAAAUUAUGUAUCGAUACUGAAGGCUUCUGAUUGUGGUUAGGAUAAACUUGUGCGUCGUAAAAACCACACUCAAGUGUGCGACUUUUGAGUUUUCAGUCUCGUAUUUCUGUAACAUUUUUUCGUUUUUCUUCACCCAACAUAUUGGUUAUAUUUAAGGAUGAGUUUGUGGUACCCUUGUAAUGAAUGUUUCUUAAAGAAUGAGAAAUAUUGGGACUUGAGCUGGAUUUCAACCCCAUACUCCAAAGUUUUUGCCAAGGUUGGAACUGACCUUAUACUCUGACGCCAACCAAUUCAUGGAAGGAUGUGAAUCUUCACUGCCACACAUACACAAGUCUAAGAGCUUUCACUGAGUUUCCAUUUUUCCUAGUCUCUUAUCAUCAGUCUAAGGCAGAGAGGGAACAGAUAAGUGAAGGCUUUGUUCUCAUGAGGUCAGGUUUUAUUUUAUAAGCACCAGUAACCUUAUUUUUAGAGUUUUAGUAUAAAUUGUUUACUCCACAGCAAGUUAAUGCAGAGGCAUCUUAUGUUUAGCCAUUAAAAAUAAAUAUCCAAUGAUAGAAAAUCAACCGUAUAAAACAUGUCCUUGAAAAACCUUAUUUAACAUUUUUAAAUGACCUUUAUGGAUUCGGCCAAUUACAAUAAUAAUUUGAAUUACUAAAAAAAAUCAAACCCGAAACACUGGUGUAACAAAAGCGUCUUGAAACAGCCUAACACCUCACCUAUGGACUUUCUCCCAAACUGUACGGUACCUAUGCUUACGCACAGUUGAGUUAUGUAGACUGGUAUACAUAAUCAGUACACCGAUCCUCGCUUUUCUUCACCUGUAGACGACUUUUUCAACCAUGUAAAUAUGUAUGGAAAGUUGGGGGUUUCUUUUGUGUAUAUAAAUUUUCGAAAUGAGCAAUUUUUAUCAUGUAUUUACUUCUGUUACUGUUCUUAAAAAUUAGAAGUUGUUGAAAUAUCAUGUCAGUGCUACUUUACAUAUAUUAUAUAUGCACGAUCUCCCAUUUCCAUUCCUUGUUUAUACAAAAGCACUUGUUGAAACAGAGAAAUUUUACCGUCCUUGUUGUGUUGUGAGAGUGUUUUAUACGUACAUGGUAUAUAUUUUUAUGCUUGUAUUUUACAGCCAUGCUUGACUUUUUAUAAGAAUGCUGUUACUUUGUGCUUACUGAACAAGCAGUAACAAGUUUAUUUUUAUAAAGUGAUUGUUAUGAAAUAUUGUCAGUACAAGUGUAGAGCUGAGUAACUGUUCUCUUUUUUAUUUCAACAUGUAGGUCUGGGCAGCUUGUAGAUAGCACCCAUAUUACCAGGAAAAUACUUAAGUACUUGAUGCUCAAGUAGAAAAAUAUUGUAUUAUAAUAUUUUAAUUAUUACAUGAUUAUAAUCUUUUUGCAAAAGGCAAAUAUUUCUGUUAACCAAAAAAUAUUUUAUGUGAUUCUUUCGAAAGGCUGUGAUCAUUUUCUGUAGAUUAGAAAAAGAUGCUAGGUAGAUGGGUACAAGUUGUUUUUGUGUAUCAUACAUUCAGUUGUGAAAUGGACAACGUAAAUAUCUGGUUGAAGUUGAAGAGCUCUAAAUCAAAAGUUUACAGAGAAUACUGCUCCCUUUGAAAGAUCAUAAAUGUCAGCUUGCCAUAGCUACCAGUAACAGAUGAAAAAUUGUUCACAUGUAUUCAGUGGCAUCUGUACAUUUUCUUCUGUCAAGAAUUACCACAGCAUGAUCACAUUGAAAGUGACCUUAGCUUAGAUUGAAGAACUUGCUUUUUUCUCAGGGCCAUUUGUUUUGCAAUUCUGUGCCUUUAAAGAGAAGCGGAUGUCUCUAGAUGAAAGUUGAUUUCUGCUACAUUUAGUUUAGUACAGUGUACAACAAGACAGGUUAAUGAUCAUUUCAAAGAGUUGCUGGUUUCCUUUGGCUGAUACAACUCAAAAGCUAAAAUAAAAAGUUUAAGCAAAAUAUGCUGUGAGUCCAGUCAAACCUGUUUUAAUUACCACCGUUCCAAGACAGCCUCCCGUACAAAUGACCACUUCCCCCUCUUGCAUUUUUUUUUCUUUAUAUGCAAGACACUGUCCAAGAGGCACCUGUCUAAGAUGACGACUUUUCUCCUAGAUAAUGAACAGUCAUCUUGGACAAGUUCAACUGAAUUAAAAAGAAACAAAAAAUAAUUAUAUUAUGUAGAGUAGUACAACCACUAUACUAUAAAUGCCCACUCAGAGGUUCAGUGGUUCCACCUUGUAAACUUGUGAUCUGUCUGGCCGCUUCACGACAGACAUUUUCACAUGUCGUAAUCAGAGAAUUCUUAUUCCAGAUGAAAUCCACAUAUUCAGACAGAAUAGUCUCAAAACAUGUAUCAUGUAUGUAUGUAGUGUGCGUUCUCAUCUUCUGGGUUCUAGGAUACAUAUGUUACUUGGCAAAACAUUUUUUUCUAGUGACACAAGCCAUUGCCUUUUACAUUAAACAAGUUAUAAAAGUAGCUACUUACAAAUGUAUGCCGUCCAUCUUGUGUAUGUUUUUACCAUACAUUUAUGACGUAACAUUUUGAAUAUGGAAGGGCAAUUCUAGCUUCCUGUACUUACCUGCUAUUGAUGAUGAUGAAUAAACCUUUUCCCAAUUUCA